CAACACUCUGACCUUAACCAGGAUGGGAAGUCCUUGUUUGGGAAAUCAGUUAUGGAGAAAUGCAAGAAACUUAAAACUGUGAAACGGUAUGAAUGUAACGUGUAUGGCCCUAGUCUCAACGGGAAGUUGUACCUUCCUCAAGCUCAGAACACGAUCCCAAGUGACAAAGCACAAACUGGGGAUAAGUCCUUGGAAUUGCACGAAAAUAAGAAGUCCUGCCAGCUGUCCACGCACAAAACACGCCCAAAAGCUCGGUCUGCCAUCAGGGCGUAUAGCUGCAAUGAGUGUGGGAAGGCCUUCUGUCAGAAGGGGCACCUGGCUCAACAUCACAGGACACACACAGGAGAGAAGCCGUUUGAAUGCCAUGAUUGCGGGAAAACGUUCUCCCAGAAGUCACACCUCAGCACACAUCACAGAAUCCACACAGCCGAGAAACCCUAUAAAUGUGGUGAGUGCGGGAAAACGUUCGUCCAAAAAUCAACGCUCAGGGGACACGAGCGGAUCCACACGGGAGAGAAGCCCUACGAGUGUCCCGAAUGUGGGAAGACUUUUGUUCAGAAGUCCACCCUGAGAGAUCAUCAGAGAACUCACACUGGGGAGAAGUCAUUUCAGUGUGCCGAAUGCGGGAAGACUUUUGGCCAGAAGUCCAACUUAAGAAUACAUCAGAGGACUCAUAGCGGGGAGAAGACUUACCAAUGCACUGCGUGUGAAAAAUCCUUUUGGCGGAAAGACCAUCUCAUUCAACAUCAGAAAAUUCACACAGGAGAGAAACCGUUCAAAUGUCAUGAAUGUGGGAAAACUUUCGCCCGGACAUCAACCCUGCGGGUGCAUCAGAGAAUUCACACUGGAGAAAAGCCAUUUAAAUGUAAUGAAUGUGGGAAACAUUUUGUCCGCAAAGCCAUUCUCUGUGAUCACCAGAGAACUCACACGGGGGAGAGGCCCUUUCAAUGCAACAAAUGUGGGAAAAGUUUUGGCCAGAAAUCCAACCUUAGGAUACAUGAGAAAAUUCACAAUGGGGAGAAACCGUACGAAUGUAGUGAAUACGGGGGGUUUUAUGAGAAAUCAGCGUUGUAUGAGAGGAUUCAGGGAGGGUUAACACUCUGUUGAGGUCGUAACUGGAAAACCUCACAAAAUGACAACCCUAUUUAAAGAAUA